GCUGCUGCUCCCACCUCUAUCGUGCGGGCCUCUGCCUUGGCUCGUAAGGCAGCCGACGCCGCCCGAGGUCCUCUCCCUUCUCUCUAUAUACAUCGCCUCUGUCCAUUUUCUUUCCAUCUUGGUAAUAGCCCGUUACGAUAAAUACGAUAUUCAGAGAGAUUAGGGUUUCCCAUUCCCGAUCCCAAUUCCAUUCGGCAAGGUAAGAUGUCGUCGGACAGCGGCGUCGUGACGGUGUACGGGGGAAACAACGGCGGGGCAGCGCUGACGGAGCCGGGGGUGAAGAAGACGUCGACGUUCUCGGUGAAGGGGCUGGCGCAGAUGCUGCGGGGCGGUGUGAUCAUGGACGUGGUGAGCCCUGAUCAGGCGCGGGUGGCGGAGGAGGCCGGGGCGUGCGCGGUGAUGGCCCUGGAGCGCGUCCCCGCUGACAUCCGGGCUGGCGGCGGGGUGGCCCGGAUGAGCGACCCGGGGCUGAUCAAGGAGAUCAAGCGCGCGGUGACCAUCCCGGUGAUGGCCAAGGCUCGCAUCGGCCACUUCGUGGAGGCCCAGAUCCUGGAGGCCAUCGGCGUGGACUACGUGGACGAGAGCGAGGUGCUGACCCCGGCCGACGACGUCCACCACAUCAACAAGCACAACUUCCGCGUUCCCUUCGUGUGCGGCUGCCGCGACCUCGGCGAGGCCCUCCGCCGCAUCCGCGAGGGCGCCGCCAUGAUCCGCACCAAGGGCGAGGCCGGCACCGGCAACAUCGUCGAGGCAGUCCGCCACGUCCGCUCCGUCAUGGGCGACAUCCGCUUCCUCCGCAACAUGGACGACGACGAGGUCUUUGCCUUCGCCAAGCGCAUCGCCGCCCCCUAUGACCUCGUCAUGCAAACCAAGCAGCUCGGCCGCCUUCCUGUCGUCCACUUCGCCGCCGGCGGCGUCGCCACCCCCGCCGAUGCCGCGCUUAUGAUGCAGCUCGGCUGCGACGGCGUCUUCGUGGGCUCUGGCAUCUUCAAGAGCGGCGACCCCGCCCGCCGCGCCCGCGCCAUCGUCCAGGCUGUCACCCACUACAGCGACCCCGACGUCCUGGCCGAGGUCUCCAGCGGCCUCGGAGAGGCAAUGGUCGGGAUCAACCUCAACGGCGAUGCCAAGGUCGAGAGGUUCGCCGCCCGCUCCGAAUAAAUAUAAUGCACAUUGCAGGCAGGCCGUUCUACGUGGACAGAUGGUUUGAUGAUGAUGAUGGCUGAUACUAUGUGGUACUGGGCUCCUGCUCUGUCUAUGCCUGGUUGUCCUUCUUUGUCUGUUGUCCGUGUCUUUCAUGAAUAAUAAUGACUUAGAACCCUCUGCUGAAGAUUGUAUCCUGACAUUUUAUAUUUUAAAUACUCUUGUUCCAGCCUGCUUGCUGUUGAAAUUCUUA